CAGGAAGUCUGAAGUAGCGAGACAGUCUGAAAGUAAUCGAUACAUGGUUUUAUUGAUAUACUACAGCAUUUUAUAGAACAUUUACAUACAUACUCCACACAGAUUUAUCCUGACAAAUCAUUAUCUCUACCUAGUCGAGAUUUAUCCACAAACUUAUUGAGAUUUACCAGCUUAAAAUGAAACGCCAAUUCUGCUCCGAAAUCUGAUAUUUCAAACCAAUUUCAGUUUAUCGAAACAAAGUUUAUUCCAAUCGAUAAACCCGAGGAAUCUUUGAAAUUCACCUUAAAAAUGGAUAAACCUAAAGGUAUACCAAAAUCUGUUAAAUUCAGAAAACCUUUUUUACUCUCUCCCUUUUUCCAAUUGAUUGUUGUAUCUUUGCUUUUGAUUUCCCAGAAUUUUUGCGAAGCUUGCCCGAGUGAAUGUGUGUGUUACGAAUACGCACAGAGAAUUGAUUGUUCUAAUCGGCAGCUAACUAAAAUUCCCGAGAACCUCCCGAACUCUGUUCGCUAUCUCGAUCUUUCCUUCAACAAACUGAGCGAGUUGCAUGCGUCUGAUUUUAUUUCAAAUCGCGACUUGCGUCAAGUUAAUUUCGACCACAACCAAAUUGUGAUUAUCGGCCCCUCCACUUUUGCACUGCAGAAAAAUCUGGAACUUCUAUCGAUUGCUCAUAAUGAGUUGCAAACUCUGGACAACUCAAUUUUUCCAGAUGGUUACUUACUGAAAAAACUGGAUCUAUCUAAUAAUCUCUUGACUCACAUCGAAAGAGAUUUUUUCUCUGGAUUGCGCUCUCUGGAAGAACUGAACUUAGCGAACAAUUCUAUUUCGUGUAUUGAAGACAAGGCAUUCGGAACUCUUUACAGUUUGAAGAAACUUUAUCUUCGCGGUAAUAAACUCGUGAACUUCUACGAGAGCAAUUUGAAAUCACUGAAUGACUUGACUGAAAUCUCAUUGGCUGGCAACUCGUUUCUCUGUGAAUGUAAUCUGAACUGGUUCCCAAUAUGGAAAGAAAGCCAUCCGAGGGUGAGUUUUGACGACUUCAAAUGUUCGGCUCCAAUCAGUUUGGCCCACAAGUUAGUGACUGGACUAGGAAGUGAAAAUCUCCUCUGCUAUGACAUGCAAGUGUUUUCUGAUCUGUGUCCGCGGACAACAAUCUGUCCCGAAAAAUGCGAGUGCACAGACGGAAUAGUUCAGUGCCAAGAGAGAGGUCUGCGGAAAAUACCGAAGAAUCUGCCUCACUCGGCGAAGGAAAUCAAGUUGAUGAAGAAUAUGAUAAAUCAUGUUCCGGGAGGUGCAUUCAAACACAUCAAGAACUUGAACCGAAUCGACUUGAGCUCGAACUCGAUUUCUACUAUCGACGAAAAAGCAUUUGAAGGGCUUCACGAAUUGACACAAAUAUGCUUGUACAGCAAUUCGAUUCAAGAAUUGCCACCUAGAUUGUUUAAAGGUCUGAAAAAACUCCAAAUAUUGCUUCUUAAUUCAAACCUGAUAAGUUGUUUGCCAGAAGUUAUCUUCGCCGACGUUGAAAGCUUUUCUCUCCUAUCUCUGUAUAGGAACAACUUGCAAUCUUUUACCAAUAAUACUAUCCGGGUGAAAGAGACGGGGCAUAUUCAUUUGGGAGAAAAUCCGCUAAUAUGCGAUUGCAAUUUGAAGUGGAUUAAGUCGACCAAGAAUGAGAUGGGCAUGAGUUUAAUUGAGGUUGAUAGUAGUGAUGCCACAUGUGACUGGCCAUUGCGAAUGAGGAAGCGAAAGAUGCAAACUAUUGACGAAAAUGAGUUCCAGUGUGAGGGCGGCGAGGCGGCUCGAACCCGUGAAGCAGGUACAUGUUUCGUAGAUUUAAAGUGUCCGCAAAAAUGCAAUUGCUCUGAUGGAACUAGAGUUGAUUGCUCGAAUGGGGGAUUCCGCAGUAUCCCUGAUGACAUCCCAAGAUACACAACCGAGUUGAUUCUGAACAAAAAUUUGAUCAAUCGAAUUGAAGCUGAUGACCGGUUUCUGAACAUGGUAAAUUUGAGAAAAAUCUCGCUCAAAGAAAACUUGAUUGAAGAAAUUGAAGAUGGAUCUUUUUUCGGGGCCUCUGAAUUGACUGACAUUGAACUCAGCAGCAAUAAUUUGAAAGAAAUCAGACGUGGAAUGUUCAAAGAUCUGCCAAAUUUAAGAAGAGUUUCCUUGAGGUACAACCGUAUUAAGUGUCUCAAAAACGAUACAUUCAUGGACAAUAAGAACCUCGAGUUGUUGUCACUUUACAGUAAUGAAAUUCGAACGAUCGAAAAAAAUCCCUUUGAAAACUUACCGUUGCUGAAAACACUCAACCUGUACUCGAAUCCACUCAUCUGUAACUGUCACAUGGAGUGGCUGAACAACUGGCACAACUCUAGACCAGGAAAAACGGUGACCGGAAAUCCGACAUGCGUUGAGCCGAAGCAUCUGCGAAAUUUGCCAAUAUUCGAUCUCACGAAAUUAGAUUUUGAAUGCGAGAAUAACGAAGAAAAUAGCUGUGUUAGUUCGCUCAAAUGUCCACCAAAAUGCACAUGCGUGAAAACAUCUGUUAGAUGUCAUGAUGUUCAAUUGACGGGAAUCCCUGAAAAUAUCCCACUUGAAGUUACUGAGUUAAUUUUAAGCGAUAACGUAAUUCGGAAGAUAAAUCUAGAGGCAUUGAAAGGUUUAAAAGAACUGAAGGUACUAGACUUGUCUGGUAACAUGAUUUCGUCUGUCCCUGAUAAUACGUUCCAGACGUUGAUCAAACUGGAAACGCUGAAUUUGGUCAACAAUUACAUCAAAUGUAUCGGCGUGAAAGCGUUCCAUGGUCUGGUGUCAUUGAAGUACUUGUCCUUGACAGAAAAUAUGAUAUCUCAGAUACCCGAGACUUCGUUUCAAGAUCUUUCAUCAUUGACUCACCUUUAUUUGGGUGAAAAUAAACUAUAUUGCGACUGUGACUUAAAAUGGCUCGCUCGUUUGGUGCAGGAAAAAGGUUUAGAUGGCGGAGUCGCUAAAUGUGAGUUGCCGAAAACAAUGGCUGCCCAGGCUUUGCUAUAUAGCGAUGCAGCGACUUACAGGUGCGAAAAUUCGAAGCCACCUAUAGAGGUUCUCGGGAAAUGCAACCCUUGUUUGUUCAAACCAUGUCAUAACGGAGGAACCUGCGGGUUGGACGAUGAAAUUGAGUUCAAAUGUCACUGUGCGAGAGAGUUUGGCGGGAGGUAUUGCGAAAACGCACUGAGUCGUUGCUUCGAGGAUCCAUGCAAAAACGGAGGCCAGUGUCACCCGGAUAACCAGUCUAGUUUCUGGUGUGAAUGUCCGGUUGGGUUCAGUGGAGUCCACUGUGAACUUAAUAUCGAUGACUGUCAGUAUCACAAGUGUCUGAAUAAUGCGACAUGCGUUGACGGUGUGAACGCUUUUACAUGUCAUUGUUCUCUUGGUUUCGAAGGUGAGUUUUGUGAAAAUGACAUCGAUCUGUGCGACUUUGAUCAUAACCAGUGCAGAAAUGGCGCACCUUGUAUUGACUUGGUGCACGAUUACGAAUGCAAUUGUCAGCCCGGAUUUUCGGGGAAGAAUUGUGAAGUUAAUGUAGAUGAAUGCGCUGAUCAUAAGUGCAAAAAUGGCGGAAAAUGUGUCGAUGAAAUAAAUGGCUACACAUGUGCUUGCAAGGAUGGUUAUGACGGGGAGUUUUGCGAGUAUGAGCCUCUAAGAUAUCCUCCGAACAGUGUGUGUUUUAAUAAUGACUGUAAAAACGGAGCACUGUGUCACCGACAUCCCGAAGACGCCAAUAACUUCAAAUGUCUUUGCGUCCCCGGAUUUACAGGAGAGAAAUGUGGUCAUCUUUCUUCGGUUUCCUUCGACCGUUUGAACACUUUUAUACUGUCUAAUGGAGUGGUAAUGGACACAAGUAUGAAUAUCACUUUUGAAAUUAGUCCACGUAGUGAUACGGGAGUUCUGAUGUACCACAACCCGGACCAUCGUCAGAGACACCUUCUUAUACAACUGUACAAUGGAAAAGUGCGAGUCAGUUACUAUCUGGGAACUACUCAAGGAGUUGUAAUUGAAACUAGGAGCUUGAUAAGCCGACUGAUCUUUGCCAAGGUUGAAGUACGAGUAAUUAAGCUCAAUGUUCAAGUUUUAGUGGACGACAAACUGGAGAAGGCCGGAAAUAUUUCAGCGGCUAUGGAAAACGAGUUGGAAUUUUUGACUGACGAAAAGGCGACGUAUAUUGGAGGACUCCCCGCGAACCUUCGAGACAACGCGGCAAAAAUGUGGCAUAUUGUUCCAGACACUGUGAACAGUUUCUCGGGUUGCAUGAACUCUCUUAUUGUCAACAACCGGCAAAUAAAUUUCGGAGAUAAUGUCGAGAACUUCGAUGUUUUGCCGGGUUGCAAGUAUGAGCCAGAUACUUCGAUGCAAAGCGAUGGACCGUCGAACGAAAAGAAGACAGCGUGUGAUUAUAACAUGUGUGAAAAUGAUGCAAGCUGCGAGGUUACAGGACCUGCAAAUUACGCUUGCAAAUGUCCUUUGGGAUACGGAGGUCCAAUGUGCUGGAAAAAGAUCGAGUGUAAUGUCGAAAAGGUGAAGCACUUCGAGAUGGACGGAUGCAUGAGCACCAAGAAGAUUCGCUACAUCGAGUGUCCGAGAAGCUGUGGCGGAGAUUUAUGUUGCCGAGCGUUGAAGAAGAAGGCGAUUACGUCGCGUUUCGAGUGUCACCGAAACGAAACAAAGACAGACCGCAUUGAGGUCCCGGUAGUCCGAAAAUGCGAAUGUGGCCCAUGUUGAAAAGAAAACCGAAGAUGCAAAAAGGGAAAACAAUUUGCAGACUAUUUUUCAUAAAUUUAUAAUCUGUUAUAAUUAUUAUACAAAGUAGUAUUAUAUUUAUUAAGUGUUAUUACUAUUGUACUGUACCGAGCAGUUUGAAACGAAUAGUAGCAGUAAGUGGUAUUCAGCAGAAUUAGAAUAAUGGUCGAUUGCAGUCAUUCACAUAUGUAUGCUUUUGUAGUUCAAUGUUAAUUUUGAAGUGUUUUUUCAGCAUACGUUUUAGCUCGCCACAUAUGAAGCGUCAAUGAAAGAUCGUAAUAGAUGUAGUGAGGUACCCCUGAUUCGGGUUCCAAAAAGAUAUAUUUUAAAAUCUAUCCAAGUGCCUGCGAAAUAGAUGAGUGUCUAGUCGAUAUGUCCUAGGUAAUUACCACAAAUAUCUUUAAAAGGGGGGUUGACAUGAAAUUAAUAAUGAUACUUGAGUUGAAAUAGAGCGUCACUCGUGCCUACGAUGUCUGAAAGUUCACUUCAAAUCUCUACUUUGAUUCAAACACUGAUUAUCAGUACAGUCUCGGGACAUAGAAGUUGAACAUUUUUGAUU